AUGGCGCUGCGUGCUGCCGUGUUCGACCUGGACGGGGUCCUGGCGCUGCCCUCGCUCGCCAGCUCCUGGGACCGUGCGGAGGAGGAGCUGGCGCUGCCCAGAGGCUUUCUAAAUGGAGCUUUCAUGAAAGGAGGCCCAGAUGGUUCCAGUGCCCGCAUGAUGAAGGGAGAGAUCACAUUUUCCCAGUGGAUGCCAUUCAUGGAAGAAAACUGCAGGAAAUGUUCUGAGGACUCUGGAAUCUGCCUCCCUGAGAAUUUCUCUAUAAAUCAGAUCUUUGGCAAGGCGCUUGCAGCAAGAAAGGUCAAUGACCCCAUGCUUAAGGCAGCUCUCACUCUCAAAAAGAAGGGAUUUACAACCUGCAUCCUCACCAACAUCUGGCUGGAUGACAGCACCCAGAGAGGCAGCCUGGCCCAGAUGAUGUGUGAGCUCAGGCCGCACUUUGAUUUCCUGAUUGAGUCAUGCAGGAUCGGAAUGGCCAAGCCUGACCCUCAGAUCUACAAGUUUGUGCUGGACGUCUUGAAGGCCAGCCCCAAUGAGGUGGUUUUCUUGGAUGACUUCGAGGUUAAUCUGAAGCCAGCCCGUGACCUGGGGAUGGUCACCAUCCUCGUCCGUGACACUGACACUGCCCUGAGGGAGCUGGAGAAAGAAACCAGGGUGCAGCUUCUCCAAACUGCAGCCUCCCGACCAAUCCCCUGCGAUCCAAGCACCGUGAGCCAUGGGUACGUGCCCAUAAAGCCUGGGAUGUGUCUGCAUUUUGUGGAGCUGGGCUCUGGCCCUGCCGUAUGCCUCUGCCAUGGAUUUCCGGAGAGCUGGUUCUCUUGGAGGUACCAGAUCCCUGCUCUGGCCCAGGCGGGCUUCCGGGUACUAGCGGUGGACAUGAAAGGCUAUGGAGAGUCAUCUGCUCCUUCUGAAAUAGAAGAAUAUUCCAUGGAAGUGUUAUGCAACGACAUGGUCACCUUCCUGGAUAAGUUGGGCAUCGCUCAAGCUGUGUUCAUUGGUCACGACUGGGGUGGCAUGCUGGUGUGGAAUAUGGCUCUCUUCUACCCCAAGAGAGUGAGGGCAGUGGCCAGCUUGAAUACUCCCUUCAUACCAGCAAAUCCCAAAGUGUCCCCAAUGGAGAGAAUCAAAGCCAAUCCUGCCUUUGAUUACCAGCUCUACUUCCAGGAACCAGGAGUGGCAGAGGUUGAACUGGAGCAGAACCUGAAUCGGACUUUCAGAAGCUUCUUCAGAGCAAGUGCUGAGACUUUUCUCACCACGAACAGAGUCUGUGAAAUGGGAGGACUCUUUGUGAAUACGCCAGGGGAGCCCAGCCUCAGCAAGAUGGUCACCGAGGAGGACAUCCAGUUCUAUGUUCAGCAGUUCAAGAAGUCUGGUUUCAGGGGGCCUCUAAACUGGUACCGGAACAUGGAAAGGAACUGGCAGUGGGGCUGCAAAGGCUCGGGAAGGAGGAUCCUGAUGCCGGCCCUGAUGGUCACCGCAGAGAAGGACUUCGUGCUCGUUCCUGAGAUGUCCAAGCAUAUGGAGGACUGGAUCCCCCACCUGAAAAGGGGUCACAUUAAGGAUUGUGGACACUGGACACAGAUGGAGAAGCCCACAGAGUUGAAUCAGAUCCUCAUUGAGUGGCUGGAGACUGACGCCAGUGACCCACGGGAGGUCUCGAAGCUUUAGGGUGUGACCUGUGUCAGCCGCCAGCAGGCAGUCCAACCGCUUCAUCUGCUGGGGGCGCUUCUCUGGUACCCGGAUGGGGCCUUACCCGCAUCUCUCAAAACCAGCAGCGUUGUUCUGAAGGGGUUUGCAGCAAAGAGUGAUUUUCUCUAAAUGAAAUGAGUCAGAUUUGACCUAAUUUUAGAUAUAGGAAAAAUCACGUGUGAUUAAUCCUCUGGGUAUAAACGUAUCACUUUAUGUCUAAGGAUGGUUAGUGUUCUGUGGGGGACAGAACGGGAUGGCCAGGGGGUGAUUUCUCUUUGAUAAUCAAGUCAGCGUUUUGAUGAUGCAAAAUCAGCAAUUUAGAAGCUUUUCAGCAGAGAUGGGAACUCCUUUAUUCAAUAAAAUGAAGACAA